CAUUGAUGCUUUCAUGCUGAUUCCGGAUUCUCACAAGUACUUGAAGGACAUGAUAAUGGAGAGAAUUCAGGAGGUACAAGGAAUGGUAGUGUUGAGCCAUGAAUGCAGUGCUAUCAUACAGAAGAAGAUCAUACCAAAGAAGCUUGGGGAUCCCGGCUCAUUUACUCUACCCUGUUCACUAGGCCCUUUGUUCUUCAACAAAUGCCUAUGUGAUCUAGGUGCAUCAGUCAGUUUGAUGCCACUCUCAGUAGCAAGAAGACUCGGUUUCAUCAAGUACAAGUCCUGCCAAAUCCAACUAAUCUUAGCCGACAGAUCCGUAAGAGUCCCUCAUGGUAUGUUAGAGGAUCUACCUGUCAGAAUAGGAAAGGUAGAGAUCCCUACAGACUUCGUUGUUUUAGAAAUGGAUGAAGAGCCAAAGGACCCUCUCAUACUAGGGAGACCUUUCUUAGCUACUACUGGAGCUCUCAUUGAUGUCAGAAGAGGUAAGAUCGACUUAAACCUCGGUGAAGAUUUCAAGAUGACAUUCGACAUCACUAAGACGAUGAAGAAACCGACCAUUGAUGGACAAGUGUUCUACAUAGAAGAAAUGGAUCGUUUAGCUGACGAACUACUUGAAGAGCUUACUAAAGAAGACUACCUACAGAGUGCUCUUACCAAAGACGGGGAAGAGGGGUUCUUACACUUAGAGACAUUGGGGUACAAGAAGCUGCUAGACUCCCAUAAGGAAGAAGAAUCAUCAGAAUGCUUUGAGAAGUUAGAGGUGCCAGUUGCAGAAGUCAGUACAGUGGAAGAAGACGUUUCAGAUCAGACUCGACCUACCUACUCGACCACACGUCGAGUAGGCCUUCCCAGUCCAAUUCCUGAAGAAGUCAAGGAAGCAGACUCGACCUGCAAGCUCGACGACACGUCGAGAUGGCCUUCUCCUACCUCAGAUGACUGGUCUGAGCUCAACGCACCUAAGGUAGACCUCAAACCACUUCCGCAAGGGCUAAGGUACGCAUUUCUAGGAACAAACUCUACUUACCCUGUGAUCAUUAAUGCUGCAUUGAAUGAUGAUGAAGUGAAUUUGCUGUUGUCUGAACUUAAAAAGUAUAGAAGAGCAAUUGGUUAUUCAUUGUCUGAUAUAAAGGGAAUCUCACCUAGUUUGUGCAUGCAUAGGAUCCAUCUCGAAAAUGAAUCUCAUUCUAGCAUUGAACCUCAAAGGAGAUUGAAUCCUAAUCUGAAAGAAGUAGUUAAAAAGGAGAUACUUAAACUAUUGGAAGCGGGUGUAAUCUACCCUAUUUCAGAUAGCACUUGGGUAUCUCCGGUUCAUUGUGUGCCUAAGAAAGGAGGUAUGACUGUUAUAAAGAAUGAUAAAGAUGAAUUAAUCCCUACAAGAACUAUAACAGGACAUAGAAUGUGCAUUGAUUAUCGAAAGCUAAAUGCUGCAUCUAGAAAAGAUCAUUUUCCUUUACCAUUUAUUGAUCAAAUGCUUGAAAGGUUAGCUAAUCACCAGUACUACUGCUUUCUUGAUGGAUAUAGUGGUUUCUUUCAAAUACCAAUUCACCCUAAUGAUCAAGAGAAAACCACUUUUACUUGCCCUUAUGGAACCUUCGCUUAUAGAAGAAUGCCUUUCGGAUUGUGUAAUGCACCUGCUACUUUUCAGAGGUGUAUAACUUCAAUAUUCUCGGAUUUAAUUGAGGAGACGGUGGAAGUCUUUAUGGACGAUUUCUCUGUCUAUGGCUCCUCUUUCUCCUCUUGUUUGUUAAAUCUAUGCAGGGUUCUAACAAGGUGUGAGGAGACCAAUCUAGUGCUGAACUGGGAGAAGUGUCACUUCAUGGUCAGAGAGGGUAUAGUAUUGGGACACAAGAUAUCAGAGAAAGGGAUUGAGGUUGAUAAAGCCAAGAUAGAUGUCAUGGUACAGUUGCAGCCUCCGAAAAACGUGAAGGAUAUCAGAAGUUUUCUGGGUCAUGCUGGCUUUUACAGGAGAUUCAUCAAGGAUUUCUCAAAGUUUGCUAGACCACUCACUCGACUUCUCUGUAAGGAGACCGAAUUCAUCUUUGAUGAAGAGUGUAUGAGAGCUUUCAACUUGAUUAAAGAAGCUCUAGUGUCUGCUCCAAUCGUCCAAGCACCAAACUGGGAUCAUCCUUUUGAAAUCAUGUGUGAUGCUUCAGACUACGCGGUUGGGGCUGUGCUGGGUCAGAAGAUAGAUAAGAAGCUCCAUGUUAUCUAUUAUGCAAGCAGAACCUUGGAUGAUGCUCAAGUGAGAUAUGCUACAACAGAGAAAGAGUUGCUGGCUGUAGUCUUUGCAUUUGAGAAGUUUAGAAGCUAUUUGGUUGGAUCCAAGGUUACUGUCUAUACAGACCAUGCAGCUUUGAGGCACAUCUAUGCUAAGAAGGACACCAAGCCUAGACUGUUGAGAUGGAUUUUGUUACUUCAAGAGUUUGAUAUGGAGAUUGUUGAUAAGAAGGGUAUAGAAAACGGAGUAGCUGAUCACUUGUCCAGAAUGCGGAUUGAAGAUGAAAUCCCUAUAAACGAUUCAAUGCCUGAAGAGCAGCUGUUAGCUUUCAAGUGCUAUAAAUUGGUGUACAACAAGAAGGAAUUCGAAGAAGCUUGUGCUGUCAAGGAAGAAGAGUUUCCAUGGUAUGCUGACCUUGUGAAUUAUCUUAUCUGUGGGGAAAUCCCCAAAUACCUUGAUGCUUACCAGAAGAAGAAGUUCUUUAGAGACAUCAACCACUACUACUGGGAUGAACCUUAUUUGUAUAAGAAAGGUACUGAUGGCCUAUUUAGAAGGUGUAUUGCUGAAGAGGAAGUUCAAGGAGUGCUGGAACACUGUCAUGGUUCUGCUUAUGGCGGUCACUUUGCUACCUUCAAGACAGUACAGAAGGUUCUCCAAGCCGGCCUUUGGUGGCCUUCCAUGUUUAAAGAUGCACAUGGAUUCAUUGCUAAAUGUGAUCCCUGCCAGAGAAUGGGGAACAUAACUAGGAGGAACGAAAUGCCACAGACCCCGAUCCUGGAAGUUGAAGUCUUUGACGUUUGGGGAAUUGAUUUCAUGGGACCAUUCAAUCCUGCUUCCUAUGGUAAUAAGUACAUCCUUGUUGCUGUGGACUACGUCUCCAAAUGGGUUGAGGCCAUUGCAUCUCCAACUAAUGAUCAUAAGGUGGUCUUAAAGCUGUUCAAGAGCAUCAUAUUCCCCAGAUUUGGUAUCCCUAAGGCUGUGAUCAGUGAUGGAGGUUCUCAUUUCAUCAACAAGGUCUUUGAGAGUCUGUUAAAGAAGCACGGUGUGAAGCACAAGGUAGCUACUCCUUAUCACCCUCAGACUAGCGGGCAAGUAGAAGUAUCCAACCGUCAGAUCAAGGCCAUACUCGCCAGGGUUGUUGGUGUUUCAAAGAGAGACUGGUCUACCAAGUUAGAUGAUACACUUUGGGCAUACCGGACUGCAUACAAGACGCCAAUAGGAAGGACGCCAUUUCAGAUGCUGUAUGGGAAGUCAUGUCAUCUUCCAGUUGAGGUAGAGUACAAGGCAAUCUGGGCUACUAAGUUGCUGAACUUGGAUAUCAAGGAAGCUCAGGAGAAGAGAUCUGUUGACUUGCACGAACUUGAGGAAAUAAGGCUUGAAGCUUAUGAGAGUUCAAAGGUGUACAAAGAAAGAACAAAAGCUUUCCAUGACAAGAAGAUUUCACCGAAGGACUUUAAGGCUGGAGACCAAGUGUUACUGUUCAACGCAAACCUUGAUGUGAACAGCAUCAGCAACCAUUACGAGGAGGAGUUUACCAAAGUUUCCAAGAGAGCUGCUAUUGCCGAAGGAGAGAUUGAGAAACUCCAAUCUUCCAACCAGCUAACGAACGAGACGGCUGGUCUUGACUCAGCUCGUCAGAAAGAAAUCGAGAGACUCGAAAAAUCUGGCGAGGAGACAAGGAAUAUUUUGACCGAGACAGAGCAAAAGCUGAAAACUAUCCUUGCUGAUCAUAACUUCGCGAAGGGCGAGAUUGAGCUCCUGAAUUCAGAGCUUAGCAAGGUCAAGACAGCUACUGAGGAGCUUGAACGCAAAAAUGAAUCUCUUUCCGAACUGAAAGAUCAGGAUGUUCGCAAGAUAUCUCAUGAUGCUCGGAAAGAGGUUAAAGGAGUUGGGCAAAAGUUCCUUCUUGCCGUGCAUGAAUUUAUUUCUACAGAUAAAGCUUGGAACAAACUUAACUCCGAACGUGAUGAGCUGAAGAGCAAUCUCGAUCUGAUCAAGGAGAUAGGGGAAGGAUCAAUUAAUUUGGCCGAAGAAAAAGAGACAGUUGGCGCUGAGCUCGCUAAGACUGAAGCUAAGCUAGCUACCGCUCCUCAGCCAUAUCUAGAUUUGCAGCAAUUUGCCUCUGAGUUCGCCGAUUCCCCUCCAUUGACCGAACCUAAUACCGGUUUGUCUUUGGAUGAAAUGAUGUUAACUGGUUCCCCUAGUGCUCAUUUCAAUGAGUUCGGAACCAAUGUUGACAAAAUUUCUUUGGAACGAACUCAGGGGUUCUCUGGUCAGGAUCCUGCUAGCUCGCUUAUCCCUGAGGUUGUUCUCACAGCUCAAGAUGCUCCCGUCGGAGGUGCUCCUGUCUUAAGCCAAGUAGGAGAUGGAGGCGGUUCGCCUAUGAAUGAAUGA